ACCAGGAAGCAUCUGCACCACCACGUGGGCCGAAGUCGGAGGGGGAGAAACGGCCGGGCAGCCACGAUGGGCGGCCUGGAGAAAAAGAAGUACGAGAGAGGUUCCGCCACCAAUUAUAUCACCAGAAAUAAAGCUCGGAAGAAACUGCAGCUCAGCCUUCCAGACUUCAGGCGACUCUGUAUCCUCAAAGGGAUUUAUCCCCAUGAGCCCAAACACAAGAAGAAGGUGAACAAGGGUUCAACAGCUGCCCGGACGUUCUACCUUUUGAAAGACAUAAAGUUUCUUCUCCAUGAGCCCAUUGUCAACAAAUUCCGGGACUACAAGGUGUUUGUCCGCAAAUUGCGUAAAGCAUACGGGAAGAGCGAAUGGAACACAGUGCAGCGCCUCAAAGACAACAAGCCAACUUACAAGUUGGAUCACAUCAUCAAAGAGAGAUACCCAACCUUCGUGGACGCCCUGCGGGAUUUGGACGAUGCCCUCUCCAUGUGCGUUCUAUUUUCUACCUUCCCACGCACCGGCAAGUGCCAUGUCCAAACCAUCCAGCUGUGUCGUCGGCUGACCGUGGAGUUCCUUAACUACGUUGUCGCCUCGCGCGGUCUUCGCAAGGUCUUUCUCUCCAUUAAGGGCAUCUAUUACCAGGCUGAGGUGCUGGGCCAGCUUAUCACCUGGAUAACACCCUAUGCCUUUUCCCACAACCACCCGACCGAUGUGGAUUAUAGAGUCAUGGCUACUUUCACCGAAUUCUACACCACCCUCCUUGGCUUUGUCAAUUUUCGCCUCUACCAGACACUGAACUUACACUAUCCCCCAAAGAUCGAAGGCCAUUCCUCAGCAGAGAGCAAGCCAGAGGAGGGAGAACCGUAUGCCUUGGACUCCGAGAGCACCUUGGAGAAACUGUCAGCUCUCAGCACCAGCCUGGCUCGAGUCGUUGCCCCCAACAUAGAAGAUGAAGCCGAAGCGGAUGAGUUUCCCGUGGAAGGAGAGACUGCAGAACAAGAGGAGUCCAGGAGGAAGGAGGAAGAAGACUUGGAGAAACAGAAGAAGCUCUUCGAAGGGCUGCAGUUCUUUCUCAACAGGGAGGUGCCUCGCGAACCCUUAGCUUUUGUCAUCAGGUGCUUUGGGGGCAAAGUGUCCUGGGACACGUCACUCUGCAUUGGCGCCACCUACGAUGUUACGGAUCCACGCAUCACCCACCAGAUAGUUGACCGUCCAAAUGUAGAGAUGCAAGUGGUUGGAAGAUAUUACCUGCAGCCUCAGUGGGUCUUCGACUCGGUCAACGCCAAGAUGCGCCUUCCAGUGGCUGAUUACUUCCCUGGCGUAAUGCUGCCUCCUCAUCUCUCCCCAUUUGUCUCGGAGAAGGAAGGCGACUACAUGCCCCCAGAGAAGCUGAAACUGUUGGCCUUGCAAAGGGGUGAAGAACCAGCAGUAAAAGAUAGUGAAGAGGACGAGGAAGAGGAGAGCGGCGGAGAGGAUGAAGGUGCAACUGAAGGCUCGGAGGAAGAGGAGGAGGAGGAGGAUUCUGACAAGGAAGAUGAAGGGAAACUACGCAAGAUGGAAGCACAGCGAUCUCAGAACAAGAAUCUCCCAGUGAAGGUGACACCUGGCCAGGUGGUGAAGGAGGAUAAGGAGCGGCUGAUGCAGGAGCAGCAGAGUGAGGAAAAGCGUUUGGCCAUCAUGAUGAUGAAGAAGCGAGAGAAAUACCUCUACCAAAAAAUAAUGUUCGGGAAGAAGCGCAAAAUUAGAGAGGCAAACAAAUUGGCAGAGAAACGAAAAACUCACGAUGCGGCAGCAAAAUCAGAAAAGAAGAAAAGCAAGAAGGCACGACGGGAAUAGAAGAGCCCAUCUCGUUUUGGGCUAACAUUUCAUAAGGCAGCCCCAGAAAGUGGACCUUGGGACCUAAAGCCAGAUCUUUUCAUGUGGAGAUGGACAACAUUGGAAUUCCUGAUUCUUCGGGGUUUUUGCCUGCAUCCCCUUUUCUUGAAAUCAGAACUAAUCAGGAAUGGGUCUAUAGUACCCUGAUUCCUUUUGGGACACUCAUUCUAUUGAAAAGACGUGUAAAUUCUUGGUUCCGUUCAGGUUUUUUUCUUUUAUCAAAAACCCAGUGAGACAGAUCUUCAGCCUUGGAUGGAGAAAUGUUAUUUUUGAGGAGAGAAAAUAAUCCUCCUUUGCCCAGGAUGCAUAAAAUAGCAAGCACGUGAACAAGGUUCCUAUCUGGAAUCAGAAAAAUCAAUUUGCCGAGGUCUGUUUUCUGAGCGGAGGGUUGUUUUUCUCUUUUCCCCCAUUAGUUUUGGCACAGGAUAAACGUUUUUUGAAUUUCUUGCCUGACCCAUUGUUUUAAGAGCCAUUCAAGGUAAUCUUGCUAUAUGUGUAAAUAAAAUCUGGGAUAGAUUGAGAUAGUUUAGCUGGACCUCAAUUGUAGGGUGACUUCUAGCCAGCAACGCUCGCUCAGUUCGCAGCCAUUGUAGUGUUG